CAACACUCAGCAGUGCAUGUGCCAACAGCCAGCUCUCUUAAAGCCAUGGGCCUGGGGACCGGCUUUGUAGGCGGAGGUGACCAUGGAAAUUAUUUGCCUGCACACAUCCCUGGUCUUCCUUGUCCUCCCUCUCAUUGUGCUUGGGGCACCCACUGAUGAACCCAACCUCACAGAACCACCCCCUGGUGCUUGCAGGCGCUGUUGUGACCCGCUGGACUCCUCCACAGAUGCCCCACCACUCUCUCCCAGUCACCACCACUUGCCCUACCCAGUGCCGGAGGUCCGUCCAUAUAUCAACAUCACCAUACUGAAAGGAGACAAAGGAGACCGGGGAGAGCCUGGAAUGCCAGGGAAAUGGGGCAAAGAAGGGCCACGAGGUGAGCGGGGUGCCCAGGGCCAGAAAGGCAGUAAAGGACAGAUGGGUACAGCAGGGGACCCCUGCAAGCAUCAGUAUGCUGCAUUCUCCGUGGGUCGCAAGAAAGCAUUGCAUAGCAGCGAAGGCUACCAGGUCUUGAUCUUCGACACAGUCUUCGUCAACCUCUACAGGCACUUUGACAUGUUCAAUGGCAAGUUCUACUGCUACGUAGGAGGCCUUUACUACUUCAGCCUCAAUGUCCACACCUGGAACUUCAAGGAGACCUAUAUGCAUAUCAUGCACAAUGAAGAAGAGGCAGUCAUCUUGUAUGCUCAACCCAGUGACCGCAGUAUCAUGCAGAGCCAGAGCCUCAUGCUGGAGCUGCAGGAAAACGAUGAGGUCUGGGUGAGGCUCUACAAGCGGGAGCGGGAGAAUGCCAUUUACAGUGAUGAUGUUGAUGUAUACAUCACCUUCAGUGGAUACCUGGUCAAGCCUAGCCUUGACUAACUGCCCCUCCUGCCCCCGGGCUUUUUUGGGCUUUUUCUUCUUCCCCUCUCUCUCUCUCUACUGCCCGUAGCUACUGCAAACCACUUGGAAAUGGGCCUGUCAAGUCUCAGGCAUCGAGCGUGAGACCUGCCACACUGGCUCCCACCUCAUGCUCUCUCCUCUCUUGCGGACAGGCCUGUAUCGGUGCAUUACAGCACAACACUGCUAUCUCUUACCCCCUCACCCCAUUACCCGAACUUGUUUUACUGGCUUGUUCUAUGUGCAAGCUGUAUCUGGCACAUGGGUCCUGGGGCAGGAGGGACGCUAAAAUGCUCCCUCCUUGGGAUUUCAUGCUAAAAUACUCCCUCCUUGGGAUUUCAUGCACAAAGUACUCCUAUGGAAAGAGCACUGCCUAGGUGCAUCCUGGCUUCUCUCUGUCCUGACUGGACAUGCCAGUUUUGCAGCCUGCAACCUGACUCUAUUGUCAAGUCUCUUGCCUGUAGACUGGAGAAUAGACUGGAGUCUGCUGCCCCCCCUACACCAUGAGGAAAAUGUAGGACCAGUGAGAGAUGAUACUGUCUUUCCAAAUAGGGGACAGCUGGCCUUCCAAAGUAUGUUAUUGACUUGCCUUAGGCACUAUUUUGCGUUACAGAGCCCUCAGGUUACAGACCAGACUUCUGGCCUUACAGCCAACCUAGGCCCUUCCCCAGCCUAGGCUGGCAGUAAGGUCUAGGCUUGGUGCAAUAGUCUUCUGCUGUGUUAGCUCUAGCUUUUCAAAGAGAGAAUUGGACAGACCCUCAGUCAGACCCUACAGAGGCAUCUUCUCACUAAAUCAUUAGACUCCACCACUUUAUCCAUCCCCACUAGGGAUCAUAAGCACAGAAUGAGAGAGAGAGAACCCUUGCAAACUUCCCUAGAGUGCUAUUCAGUUUAAUUUUCCCAGCUUGGGGAAGGCAACCCUGUCCAGUAUGGGACAGCCUUUUCAUAAGUACAGAUGAUGGACCUGAUUCUUCUGUCUUCUUUGGCAGAAGUGCAUCCAUGCUAUUCCAAUGAUGCCAGCAAUUAUCUCUAAUACUUGUGGAUCUGAGGGGAGAGUCGGGGCAGGACCACGGCCCCUGUACACCAUCACAUCAAUCCUCCUGAAGGUAGUUCUUCCACAUCACUAUGGAGGGACAUCUGUUUCAGGACCUAUUGCAGUUAAACCACAUUUUUCAAACCUGGAUAGGUUGACGCCUCUUUGCCUCUGUGAGGGAAAAGAAGUAGGGGCAAAAUGGUGGCAUGAAAGAGGUGAGACUUUGGGACCUUGCCCCAGGAUUAUAAACAUCCCUGUCACGUGUUCUAUGCCCUUUUCUGGCAACCUCAUCAGAAUAACUGGGAAAAGCAUGUAACUAAAACAAAUCCUCGCUCUUCUCAGGUUAGAGAGGUGGUAAGAAUGGAUGCCGGUAGUAGGAUUUUCUAGCACAGAUCUCACUCUGCUUUCACUCACAUCCCUUUGGAGUUGCUACAGUCUUGGAGGGAAGCAGAUGAUGCUGACUCAGCACUUUGGGAAACCUACUUCCAUGUGUUCUGAUACUGCUGUGAACAGCAGUGCUAAGGGUUGGCUCUUUUUUGAGUCUCAGGACAGGACAAGCAGGAGAAAUUGUAUUUCUCCUCUGCCCAUAACUAAUAAUGAAGUCUUCUGACUUAACUAGCUCCUGUGGUCUCAUGAUUAGCCAUGGUCUCUGCCUAUAGUACCUGGGACUACCAGAGCUCUCCCAUCAGAGAUAUACAUUAGAUUAUUGUAUAGGAUCCUGUCAGGUACACUCUGCCCAGGAUCGCAAAGGCACAGAACAUUAAGCUAAACACUAAAAAUGAGCUUGAGAGAAUUGCAGGCCAUUUACUCUCUUGUGCUGGUUACUUAUCCUGCCUGUUUUGCUAAGGAAGUUGUACAGACUGGAAUGAGUUUCAGACUCUGUGUCCCUGGCCCUCAUCACCAUUCUUACUUACACUGUGGUUAUAAAAACAAGGUUCAGCUGAGGCAAAGCUGGGUCUUCCCUGGUGAACCAUGUGGUGAUGGGAUCAUAGGAACAGAAGGAUACUGAGUUUCUUCCUCUCCAUUGGCAGGCUGGUAUAUAGAAUUGCUCAGAGACAAAUUUCAGGCAGUAGAGAGGAAGCAGCAUGCUGGAGGUGGUAUUUAGGACCAAAUCCCUUUUUCUCUUCCUGAGCUGCAGGCUGCAAAUCCAGAUAUUAUGAAUUUACCGUGUGCAGUGCCCCUCCGUCUCCCUGAACAGAGGUAAGCCUUUCUAACACUGAAUUAUCUCCAGACCUGAACUUCUCUGUUCCUCCUUUCUCAUUUGUUUUUUGAGUGCCAGUGACAGGUUUGUUGCUCAUGUGCUGCCCAUGAGCCAGAUGGUGUCUGACGUGCAUGAGAGAGGAUGGCAGGCUGACCAAAGGAUAUAUUUAACAGGCUUCUUGGUGCUAAACAAAAUGGCAAUCCCUUGGUGCUAAAUCAUAUUUCAAGUGUCUUGGGUGCUUCCUGGAAGGCGUAGUAGGCUGAGUUGUGAUGUACUGUGGAAUUAAUGGUGCUUUAUGUGACAAAACCAAACAAAAAUCCAAGAACUUUUGUAUAUAUAUAUUUUUUUUCAGUGUUAUUAAACUUUUCUCCCUGGUU